CGCUGGGCUUUCUAGGUCUCCUUCCGAAACACGCACAUGUGGGAGUAAACUACUGAAUGCGGUGGGAUUUGCUUCUGAGUAAACCAGGCUAGGACCGCGUUGUUAGGCCGCACUCUCCAAUCAGAAGACUCAAAACACUCGCCCCACCCCCAUUGUUUGCGUGCCUCCAGAGCAGGAAAUACCGCACAAAACGGAAAGUGGCGGGGGGCAGUGUGUGGCUGAGACUGCAACGCCUCGAACGGUCCGCGGAAGUUCUUCGCAAGGAGCCCGAGUAUGGCGGAAGAGGCGGCGGCGGCAGUAGUAGUUGCUCCCCGCAGCUCCGAGCACAGCGCGUUGGAGCUCGAGGGCACAGUACGAUGGGAAGGGCCCCUCACCCACUUUGUGACCAAUAACCUGGAACAGCAGAUCCGGCUCAGCGCCUCGUCGGCAUCCGGCUGCGCGAUCCCCGCCGUGGACGCGAAGGCUCUGCAGGACUUGACGGCCGUGGCCGUCCAGGUGGCGGCGCAGGUGGACGAGCUGUUGCGGAGCGUGCACGGAGCCCUGCAGGGCCUGACAGCUCUUAGCGUGGGCUGCAUCCAGACCUACCGGGACGGCGUCGAGAGUCUGGGGGAGGCCGUGGAUGCGAGCAUCCGGUCCAUGUACACGCUGAUGGCCCGCUGCGAGGAACUGGACAGGGAAAUGCAGCCCGUGCUGACCCUGGCCCGGCGAAUCCGGGACAUGAAGAGCGCGCUGGAGAGACUCGAGGCGUUCUGCAAAUAGGCGGCCGCUUCCCUGGGCUACUCACCCCUUCCCCCAUCUCCGAGAGCCUUUUGCUUGUUGCUAAACAAAGUAAGCCGGCCUUUAGACCGCGCCUCUUUAUCCCCCAUGCUGAACGAUCGUUCUUCCAAAGCACUUUGUUCUUCUCGAUAUUGAUCUCAGGACGUCCAAUUGCUUCUUUUUAGCCACCUUUUAAAAAAUGGUAUGCAAAAUCCAUUGUGCCAUUUAAUAAAUCAACUCAUCCCUUCUUA